GUGAAAUCAAUUUAGCGUCGCCCGUGACUGAACGCUCCCGGUACACCGCCAAGCAAAAAAAUGGUGGAAAUUUCUUUCGGUCCUUGUCAGGUUUGAGGAAAGUUUUUUAAAAUUUAAUCGCAUUUUACUAUGCUAGUGUUUUUGAAAUUUUUCGCCAGGUCAAACAAGUUUUUUAAAAUGAUAUAGUUUUUAUUGUUUUGAACUAUAUUGCCUGAUAAAAGUAGUUUGAUCCCGUCUGUGAAAAAACUACAACCGUGGGCUGGCUGCAAUUUAAAGCGAAGAAUAAAUGUAGAAAGGGAAUCAGCUUAAAUAUAUGUAAAAGACAAAACUCUUUAGAAAAUCUGCCGGAGAACCUAAAAAAAUGGACCAGCUCUUUAUGUUUUCAAAUGAGUAUACUAUGGAUGAUAGUGAGGAUGCUGCGAAGGGUAGCAACAAAGAAGACUCAAAGAUUAAAAACGAGCCUGAAGACAUCGAAGAUGAUGGUUUGGACGACGAUAGCUAUAUAAUGCCAGAAUCUCUAUUGCAACAAAUGACGACUACGCCGGAUGCGGAUGGCGAAGACGAUAACACAAUUUUUAAUUUCGGAAUUGAACCAUCUGUGGAUAAACUACAGCCGUCGGCUAUAUCGAAACCAUAUAGCACGAAGAAUCCUCAAGAUGUAAACGUUAAUUAUGAUAUAGCCAUAAUGUUCAUUUGCCCAUGUUGUGGUGAAGAAUUCGAUACACAAAUCGCUUGGAAGAGUCACAUAAAUGGUGUGCACGAGUAUAAUACCCGCCGCGGAUUAAAUUUUGUACCAAUAGACAAAUUGUACCAUAAAUGUCUGGAAUGCAACAAGCCAAUUGCAAUGCAUGCAAUGGAAAAUUUGUUGAAACAUAAAUUCACACAUUUGCCACACCGGUGCACAAAAUGUAAAAUCUGCCAUCGUUUGUAUAAGUAUCGACAGGACUUGAUUGUCCAUCUGCGAUUGAUGCAUCGUGAUGAAGUGUUGUCCCUGAAUGCGAGUGCAAACAGUGAACCAGGCAGCAGCAGUUACAACAAUAGCCGUACAACUACACCGCCUUUGACUAAUGCACGAUUAGAGAUCAGGGAUAUCAAAGGCAAUGCAGUGGACAUAUUUGAAAAUACUUGUGACAGCGUCGAAGUGAAAAACGAACCGUUUGAUCCCGAUGACCCAGAUGGCGAAAACUUAUUAGAGCAAGCGGAAAAAAAAUCGAAAUUACCAACCAGCUCAAUCCUGGAAGAUGUACUCAGCCGGGGUUCAACCCAGGUAUCCGAUCAGCGUCAAACUAACAAUGGGAAUACCAAUGAAAGACAAUGUGAAAAGAACAUAAAAUAUAUAUGCCCUGUUUGCAGCACUGAGUUCAGAGUCAAGAAUGAUUGGCUCGAACACGUACAAGAAAUGCAUAAUUUCUGUUCUAUUCGUGGACUCGGAUUUCAGCAGCGUACUAACGCGUCUGUUGAAUGCCGCGAGUGCAAAAGGGUUUUGUCUGAUAAAUCAAUUGAACAACUACAAUUGCAUAAGUUCUCGCAUCUUCCUUCAAAAACUUGGCUUCGCUGUAAGCUUUGUUUGCGCGCAUUUAGUAAUCACAAGGAUAUUGUAAGACAUUUGCUUAAUCAGCAUCGUCUUGAUGAUGAGUUUGAAGAAGAAGUCGGCGAUGACAGUCGAGAUUUUGAUCCAUACUCUGCUCAAGUGAAUGACCAUGAAGAUGAUCAGGUUCCAGCUAAUGAGCAACGAAAGAACGAGGUGCGAGAUAUUUAUGAGACGCAAAUAGAUUAUUUAUGUCCAAAGUGUGGCGAAGAAUUUUUACAAAGGAAAUUUUGGCGAAAGCAUAUAGUCAAAGAACAUGGUUAUACCGAUUUAAAAACACUAUGCUUCGUGGUAUUGAAUGAGCAUCAACUACAAUGUCGAUUAUGCGGCAAAAUAAUUACAAAUGCCUACGGUGUACAAAAUGCGCAGCAGCACUAUUUCACCCAUUUGCCACACAAAGCUUACAUACGCUGUCGUAUAUGUGCGAAAGCUUAUACGGAUCGCAAAGGUUUAGUUAAACAUUUGCGCAAAGUGCAUCAUAUUAAUCCCAGAACGGCCGCAGCUGCAGCUGCAGCAAUCGCUGCCAAAGCUGGUAAGAUUAUACGGCCCCAAGCAACAUUCCAACCGGUGCGAAGAACACCUACACCGGUGAUAAGUUCACCACGCAAAGCGCCAGUUAAAGAAAUCGUUCGGCAUCACGGCGUUACAUAUGAGAUACAAUUCUUGGAUGAAGACAAUAAUGAUGAGUCAUAUCAAAUGCAAGAAACAUCGACAUCAUAUGAUGGUGGCCGCGGUGAAUACAGAUACGAUGAUAGUUUUGCUACACCUACAAAACGCCACGUGUGCGCAGAUUGUUAUUCAACCUUCAGCACGGCCCAAGCGCUACAAAAGCAUACAAGAGAACAGCAUGACUUUAAGAAGCCCUCACAAGCCUAUGUUUGCUCGUUGUGUUUCUGUACUUUUGAAUCCGGUGGUGCAUUGCAUGACCACAAAUUAAAGCAUCAUCCAAACAAACCUAAUAUUUCCCAUGCAAGCGAAAACAAUGAGGACGACGACUUGCUUUUGAUACCUAGCGGAAAUGAGGACGUAAAAUCCGACUAUAACACUGGUGCUGGUACGCAAGCAAAUUUCGAACAAUAUUUUUGCUAUCUAUGUCCCGCAUGCGGAGAGGAGUUUAAGACGCAAUACGAGUGGCGUCGUCACAUCAACGAUAUUCACUAUUUCGAUCGACGCCAAGAAUUAAACUUUCGACAAAUGGAUAAGUUUAAUUUUCAAUGCUUGGAGUGCAAGGAAUUUGUUAACAGCGCUAAAUUAAAAGGUCUGCAAGACCAUAAAUUCCGUCACUUGCCGUUUAAAUUGUACAUAAAAUGUCGCCUCUGUAGCACAUGUUACAACCACAAACCCAACAUGGUCACGCAUCUACGUAUACGCCACAAUUUGAUAGAUCCGCGUGAGGCGCAAAUUCGCAGUCCAUCAAUGUCACCGUUACCAUCACCAUCACCGCAAAUGCGUUUUAAUACAAGCAGUUCAUAUGAUACGCCUUCACCAUCAUUUACUCAUACGGUGAACACCUUCCGACCCAUGACAAGUGAGGAUAUUCACUCAAAUCACAAUGCAGUAGACCAUGAAUCCAUUACCUAUCGCUGCCCGCAAUGCAAUGAACCAUUCGACACACAUGCCUCAUGGCGGCAACACAUUGUCUCCGCACAUGAUCUGAACAGUCGGCCGGGAUUAAAUUUCCGACAGUUGGAUGCACACCACUACAUUUGCUUAGAGUGUUAUAAACGUGUAACGGUGACACAUACAAAGGGGGCAAUUGGCCAAUUGCAGUCGCACAAAUUCCGCCAUUUGCCGUACAAAUCCUUCUGUUGCACUAAAUGUUAUGGACAGUUUGUUCGCAAGCAAAUGUUCUUCAAACAUCUAAAUCGUCAUACCAAUAGGUGCCCAAUGAUGGGAAAUGAGCGUAUACCGAACUUUGACACCAAAGCUAAGAGCUCCUCCAUGGGCUUAAUGCGUGCGAUUGGAGCUCCGGGUGCUAAUCCCAGCCCUGGCAAGCUUCUUAACUUCUCAAUAACAUCCAAGGAAAAAUGCCCCUACAUCAUACAAUGCCCACAAUGUGGUAUUAAAUUUGAAAAAUGGCAUCCGUGGCGUGAGCACAUUGAAAAAGUGCAUGCUCUACAUAGUAUGGCAUCACUUAAAUUCAAGAAGAUCAAUGAUCAUUUGCACAUUUGCAUCCAGUGUAAGGAACGUGUAUCAGGCGCAAAUUUCGUAAACCUACAAACACAUCGAUUUAAGCACCUGCCUUACGGCACCUAUCUCCAUUGUCGCUACUGUGAUGUGAGAUAUUAUUAUAUGAUCAAUAUUAUCAAGCACAUGAAGCAAAAGCAUCCCAAUCAUGGCAUGGAGCAGCUCGAACUGCAGUUGGAGAGCGCAGAUGGUAAAGAUGCUGACGCAUCGCCGGUCACAAUCAGCAUGGAGGAUGAAAAGGAGUGUGUGCCAAAAGUGGAGUAUGCCAACGCUGCCGAUGAUGAAAGCCAAAAGGACGGCGACAACAAAGCUGUGAUCAUUGAUGACGAUGAAAUGGAAAAUGAGAACGAUAAUGAUACCGAGGGCGAAGACGAAGACGAAGGCGAUGAGGGAAGUAUUAAAGAAAACUUUAUGGAGUAUAGGUUCGGUUACGAGUCCUCGAAAAACCCUUAUAUUAUACAAUGUCCACAAUGUGGUAUUAAAAAUGACAAUUGGUAUAAUUGGAGCGAUCACAUCGCUCAGGUGCAUUCAUUGGGUGAUCGUGAGCAACUAAACUUUACGAAAAUAUCUGAUUGGUUGGACGAGUGCAACGAAUGUAAGGAACGAAUAAAUUCCACGACUAUUAUAAAUCUACAAACUCACAAAUUGAAGCAUUUGCCACAUGGCGCUUACCUGCAUUGUCCUCAUUGUGAUGACAAGUUUGAUUAUAUUGUACAUAUUGUUAAACACUUGAAUUUGAAGCAUCCAGAGCAUGUGCUAAAGCAAAGCGAAAAGUUAAAUGACGAAGUAAGUAAUGACAUGGCAGAUAACGAUAAUGAUGCGAAAGAGAGGGGGGAUGAGGAGGAGCCAAAUGUUGUAGACGCGAAGAGUGGUAUUAAUGCAGAAAUUGACCUGGAUGCUGAGGUUGAUGAACAAGAUGAUGAAGAUGAUGAUGACGAAGAUGAUGAUGAUGAGGAGGAUGAUAAUGACAAUGAAAACGAUAACGAUAAUGAUAAUGAUGAGAACGUAAGCAGCGGGGACGUUGCGGAAGCAAUGGAUAUUGAUGAUAAGAGUGAAGAUGAUUUUGAAGAUGGUGAGGAUGAUGAUGAAAAUGAUGACGACGACGUCGAUGAUGAUGAUGACGACGAUGAUGAGGAUGGUGACGAUGACGAGAUUGAAACCUAUGGUACUAAAGGUAAUGUAGCAGACACAGCUGUCGAUAGUGAAAAUACAAACACAGAGGCGCCGCGAGGUGUAGUUGAAGAUAUUGAAGAAACUGUUGAAUCAGAAGAACAGUUAUUACUGGGUUAAUUUGGUUUUGCCCUACCUUUCUUCAUUUUCAUUAAUUUAAUCUUAUACAUAAAUAGUUACUGUAAGUCAUUCAUAAUUGCCCAAGUGGUUAUUUUUAGAGAAGACACACUUUAGAAUUGUGAAUACAUUCUAUAAUUUAUUUUAUUUUUUUUUUUUAAUAAAUCGGUUAACUAUUUUGAGUCACCUAAAGCAAGUGUGUAUGAAAAUCGAAUCUUAAACGAAAAUCAAUUUUAAGCGCAAUGUAGGACCCACUACGCAGUGGUAAAUUUGACGAUUUGGUUUUAACUGAAAAGUUUUCAAAUAAUUACCAUCAUGAUCAAUGUUGAAGAAGCAAUUCAUGAAUUGAUAUGAAAUAUGGUAAACUAUUAAAAAUAAAUGAGAUUAAUACAUAAGUACAUAUACUUAGCAUGCAAAUUCGGUGUUCGCGUGCAAUUUAAAUAGAUAGUCAACCACCAAAAAGUUGCAUAUCUUGAGGAAAGGUGUUACAGGUUUGAGUGGAUAGCGUCGUCAACCUGGAAGAUUAUGGCAUUUAUGUAAAUAAUUUUCUUAGGUAUCAUAGGACCAUAGAAUCGACGCUACCCAGCUGUGGUUUAAACGUAUGCACAGGCCCCUAUUACGAGUUGCAUUCGAUCGUCGACUGUGGUCGAAAGUGCUGAUCGAACGAAUAUAAAAAGGUGGUAAAAGAAAUUUUAAUUAAUACACAAGAGUUCUGUUUGAACGAUUCGUCAGAGGAUGAGACCUUAGAAAACUGGUCAGGAGCAGAAAACGUUUAAGAGAGUUUAAGUGCAGUCAUUCGAAUAUAUUUUGACAUACAAUAUAUUUAAGAAAUUUUGUGAUGCAAAUCGAUUGAUGAUGACCAUGAUUUUGUACUCAGAGAUCGUGCCAACAGCCUAUUGGGAUUUUCUUUCAUAUGUAUGUAAAACUAGACUUUCGGGCUUGUGUUUACUAUUCACGACGUUAGAACUGCUUGAAAUUAUUGCAAAUUGUUUAAAAUUAGUGUCUAGCCGCCAAAAAAUAAGGAAAC